UCCCUCCUUUUUUAUGCACCCACUUUCUCUUUCUCCUCCACUUCUACAUCACUAUUUUACAAAUAACAGCAUCUAGAUUUUAUGUUUCUUCAUUUCUACAUUAUAAUUUUAUACAGUUUUUGAGUGAAGGAGAAGGAAGAAGAACAAAGAAAUGGUUGAUGACUUCAUGGUUUGUGUGGAUAGGAUCAUAGCUUCAGCUUACUUUGAAGCCGCACAAACAUUACAACCACAACAACAACAACACAGUCAACAAAGUGAUGAUACUGUUGUGGUUGUGGCAAAGGAGCAAGAAAGAAAUGAAAGAAAUGGGGUUCUUGUUUGUGUGAGUGAGAAUAAUAAUUUCAAAAAUGGAGAUGAAGGAUCUUCAGCUUCAGUUUCUGGAGGUCUGAAUAUUAAUAAUAAUAACAACAACAAGAAGAAAGUUGGUGACAUGAUUGUGGAGUGUAGGAUUUGUCAAGAGGAAGAUCAAGUUCAAGCCAUGGAAGCUCCUUGUGCUUGUAAUGGCACCCUCAAGUUUGCUCAUAGGAAAUGCAUUCAGAGAUGGUGUAAUAAAAAGGGUGACAUCACUUGCGAAAUCUGCAGUCAGGUUUUUUCACCAAAUUAUUCUCUCCCGCCGGCCAGAACCAAUCCUGAUGUUAUGGCAAUUGAUAUCAGGCAAGCUUGGGGUCCCCACAUUGAUCUCCAUGAUUCUCACCUUCUAGCUCUAGCGGCAGCUGAGCAUCAAUUUCUGCAAUCAGAGUAUGAGGAUUAUGCUGUUUCUAGUAUAAGUAGCAUUGCCUGUCUCCGAUCUGUUGUUUUAAUUCUGCUGAUGGUUUGGCUUAUGCGCCAAGUUCUAAUGGCUACUAGGGAUUCUGGGAUGGUACAAGAAUCGUCAUCGUUCUUCAAUUUUCAGGUUUCACUUCUUCAGUUUGCUGGCUUUUUUCUGCCGUGCUAUGUGAUGGCCCGUUCAUGGUACAUCAUGCAAAGCCGAAGGAGAAGGCAGGGUUUAUUCGGGGCACAUUGAUGGUAAAUCAUUUCCUUCAUUUCAAAAUCGAGGCCCUUUCAUGUUCUACACCUCAUCUUGUUCAUGGCAGGCAAGCUCUCUUGUAUAUGGUAAUUUCUAGUAAAAAUCAAAAGGCUAAAAUUGGCUGAAAACCUAUUGCUGAGAAAAUCCUUCAAGAAAAGAAAAAUUUUAGAAAAAAAAUUGAAAAUUCUGUAGUUUUCAUUCAGCUCCCUGAGAGCUCAGAAAUGUAAAUGUGAACGUUGAGUUCAUUAAGGGCUUUUAUUUCUCUAUAUUUUUCUUUUUCCUGUUUCUAAUGCUAUGCAAUGUUAGGGUUCAUUAACGCUUUUUAGAUAUAAUCAUAUUGCAAUAGCUGUUGUAAAUAGCCUGAUUCUGGAGAGACUUGGAAGCCUGUUCUGCUUACUUGAUGGGCAAUGAUUAACAAAAAUUUAAUCUA